AUACCUUAAAUUAUGGUUCCAAACGAAUCCAAUGAAUGAAAAUUUGGACAGGUAUGUCGUGUAUGUGCGUAMACGUCGAAUGAGCCGCCACCGUGCGCGCCACCAUUAUCAUACUCGCGUUCACCUUAAUUUUCAACGUUCCAUGAAAAAUGCCAUUCGGAUCAGAUGUAGGUACCCAAGUUUUCUUGACGAUUGUCGAACACAUUUUAUUUCCAAAACGUUCAUUGCUGAAUAAACUCUGAAGCCGAACCGUCUUUGAACACUGAAGCCGUCAAACCGUGUUAUUAUUAUUAUUGUAUUCUUUUGAUCAUAUUAUUUCAGUUAUUUUUUAAGUGCGUUUUAAUUUUGUAGCAAUUUUGUUGUUAUUACCUAUAUAUAUAUAUAGAUUGAGUCAAAAGUCUUUAAACGUCCGGCUCGUUGAGGACGAGAAUUCUUUUCAUCAGCUCAAGUAUUUAAUAGCUAUGCUGUCCAAGCUCAGACUACUCAGACCGCCGGUUUCUCCGGGAACCAAAUUACUAAAUUCCUGGGAAAGUAAAAAUUAUAGUGAUAAAAAGAAUGGUGGUGGAAAAAACAAUAGAGGAAAGACUCCUCCAUUGAUACAGGUCAUUAAACCUGUUAAAAUMAAUUUUUCAAAAAAAAACAAAAAAAUAUAUGAACCAGUCAAUAUAACUAAAAAAGAAAUAAAAGUGUCAGAAUCUAAUGRWUAUCCUCUAAAAACUUGCCCUAUAGUGGCUAAGGAUGAAUUUUCUACCACACCAAAUCCACCAACAACAGCUCAUUCUUCAGGAUCUGAAAAAAGUUAUGGCUGGCAAAAUGAUUCUAAAAAUAAACAGUCUUUUCGUAAUUGGAGUCUUUUAGGAGGAACUAUUAUUCUAUCAGGAACAAUUUAUGGUAUCUAUCAUUUUGACAUAAUGAAACAAAAGAAAGAUGAUAACCAUACUACAAAAGAAACAACAAAUGCUAAAAAAAUCCGCAAACUGGUUCAAAUUCCUUCAUUAUCUGAAUCAAUACCUGAUAAUAUACAGUAUUUAUUAAUUGGCGGAGGUACAGCUUCCUUCUCUGCAUUCCGAGCAAUCAAGUCAGCAGAUCCCACUGCCAGGGUUUUAGUAAUAUCAGCUGAAGGUUAUCUUCCUCAUAUGCGACCGCCAUUAUCUAAAGAAUUAUGGUAUGGUGAUGAUACUGAAAUGGCUAAAUCGUUGAACUUUCAUCAAUGGAAUGGUACAUCUAGAAGUCUAUUUUAUGAACCUGAACCAUUUUAUACACCUGUUGAAGAAUUAACCACGGCCAAAAAUGGUGGUAUAUCACUUGCUCGAGGCUGGAAAGUUGAAUCUAUAGAUGUAUCAAAGAAAAAAGUGAAGCUAAAUGAUGGCAAAGAAAUUAGUUAUGAUAARUGCUUAAUAGCAACUGGUUCAGUUCCAAAAACAUUAAAAUUAUAUGAUGACGCAAGUGAAGAAAUUAAAAAUAAAUUUUCAGUAUUUCGGUCAAUUAGUGAUUUUGAAGAUUUAUGGGAACAACUGGGUCAUAUAAAAUCUAUUGCCAUUAUUGGUGGUGGAUUUUUGGGUAGUGAGCUUGCUGCUUCUUUGGCCAACAAAGGGAAAAAAAAUGGAGUUAAAAUUUAUCAAAUAUUUAAAGAAAAGGGUAAUAUGGGAAAAGUUUUACCUAAAUAUCUUAGCCAAUGGACCACUGAAAAAGUUAGAAAUGAAGGUGUUGAAGUGGUGACCGAAACAGAAGUAGAAAACUGCAGCUUACAAAAUAAUAAACAACAAGUCAACUUGAUAUUAAGUAAUGGGAAAAACAUAUCUGUUGAUCAUGUAAUAAUGGCAGUUGGCGCUAAACCUAACACUGAACUUGCUACUGAUGCUGGACUAGAAGUUGAUCCAAAACUUGAUGGUUAUUUAGUCAAUUCUGAAUUACAAGCAAGAACAGAUUUGUAUAUUGCUGGUGAUUGUGCUUGUUUUUAUGACAAACAACUUGGAAGGAGGCGUGUCGAACAUCAUGAUCAUGCUGUGAUAUCGGGCCGAUUAGCUGGUGAAAAUAUGGCUGGUGCUGCUAAACCAUAUCAACAUCAACCUAUGUUUUGGUCAGACAUUGGGCCUUCUGUUGGUUAUGAAGCAAUUGGAAUUGUUGAUUCGUCUCUAACAACAAUAGGUGUGUUUGCCAAAGGAAUCCAUAAAGAUCCAUCAAUUUUAGCUAAUGAAAUUGAUCAAAAUACCUCAACCAAUAAAAAUGAAAUAAAUGAAGAAUUAGUAUCCAAAAAUAAUGAAACUAUUUCUGAAAAUGAGUACAAAAAAGGUGUUGUUUUCUAUUUGAAAAAUGAUGUAAUUGUUGGAAUUGUGUUAUGGAAUUUGUUCAACAGAAUGUCUAUAGCACGCCAAGUGCUUAAAUCUGACAGAUGUUACAAAGAUCUCAAUGAAGUUGCUAAACUCUUUAAUAUUCAUGGCGAUUCUUCAUGAUGACCAUACUGAAUAUAAAUGUUAUUUUAACAUUGUUUUACUGUUAUACUAGUAUUUUUAAUACUAGAUAGUAUGAUAAAAUAUG